AUUAUUGUUAUUAUUAAUUAGUGCAGAGCAGAGCAGAUUUCUUUUGAGCAGAGCAGUUUUAAAGAACGGGGCUUACUGUAACUUUUAGCUCCGUUAACUAAUAACUUAAUAACUAAAGAUUUUUCAAAAUUACUAGCUAGUCUUAAUUACAACUUUUCGGUUUUUUUUUUUUUUUUUUUAAUUUGGAUAUUUAGAAGGAAAAAUUGAAAAGAAUAAUCCCACCUUUUGCCCAUAUGCUUAAUAUAAUUCCACCUUUUCGAAUUCUAGAAAUAAUCUCACCUUGUAACCCCAUCUUCCCAAAAUGAUCCUUUUUACCUUCAACCUGUUUUACAAGUUAUUAUUUUUUUUUUUUUAAAUUUUUUUUUAAUCUUCUUUUUCCACCUCACCCCAUCAUUCAACCACCAAGACCACCCACCACCACUGCGCUCACCACCUUCCCACUAUCAACACCAAACUGACUGCCUUAUAUGCAACCCCAGCCCCGCCCCGCCACACCUGAGCCACGCCCACCCAAAUCCCACAAGUCUCCUCAACAGCAAGUUCCAAGGUUUGAAUCGAAAACCUCGUUCCCACCCAUCACCAUUGAUUUCGUUUCGGUCAAGCUCCAACGUCAAGCUCCGAGUUUCGUCUUUGUUGAUCUGGCGGUCAAGCUCCAAGGUCGUUCCCACCCCUCACCCCACCUUUGAGUUGUUAUUCAGGUGAAUAAAGAAGACGAUGGAGAUAGUUGUUGGAGUAGACUCGGGCGAGUUAAGAAACUCGCUGGGAGUUGAGGGAGCUGAGUUGACUCAGGGAACUCGCUAGUGAGUUGAUUCCCCUGAAUUUCCAAUCCUUUUAAAGCGAUUAACUCGGAAAAGCUUAGUGGGAUAGGACCCAUGGCUCCAUGAGAGCAUUGAUGUCGAGAACGAGCUCUUGGAGGUGGGUGAGUCAGGAAUAGGACCGGAGAAACGAUGUGGUGGUGAUUGGUGAAUUGGGUGGGAGGGAAUCAAGGAGGGCGGCUGGCCGGCUCGAUCUGGUCGUUCUGGCGGAUGGCUGGGUCUGACUGGUCAGCGGCGGUGGUCCGGCGAGGGGGCUCUGGCAGGGGAAGGAAGAAGAAGAGGGUUUUUUGUUUGUUUGUUUUUUUUAAAAAAAAUUCUUUAAUUUUAAAAAUAAUUCUUUAAUAUUUUAAAAACCCAAUCAAAAUGUGACACGUGUUAAAUUACCUUUUAAAACAGGUUACCAAUUCAAACAACGGGUCAUUAUUUUGGGAAGAUGGGUUACUAACUAGGAUUAAUUAUGGAAUUUGAAAAGUGGGAUUAUUUUGAGUAGAUGGACGAAAGGUGGGAUUAUUCUUUACAAUUUUUCCUAUUUAGAAAUAACACUCGAAUGAAUCAGUAGAAGAACAAUGGAAAGAGGAGUACAACGAUGGAUUGUUGACAUAUCAGAAUGGAACCCUUCACCCGCUGACUUCUGCGCUGCAAUUUCUGUUCUUCCCGAACAUCAGCACUCCUUUGUAUACAGGAAACUUGUUAUGGUUAAAAAAUAUAGAUAUGUGAAGUUGGAAGACCGGAAACGGGCGUUGGUGAGUAGGCUGCUUCAGUAUGCUCUUGUGCAUCAAGUAUUGGGAAUUCCCUUUAAUGAAAUAGUUAUCAGGUCAACUGCUGAAGGCAAGCCCUAUGUGCACUUUGAUGAAAUGAGACCAGAAUUUCCGAAUUUCAACUUCAGUGUCAGCCAUCAUGGUGAUCUUGUGGCUAUUGCGUCUGAACCAUUCUGCCUUGUGGGUUUGGAUGUAGUUUCUCCUCAAAUACCUGUGAAGGAGACUACUCAGCAAUUCGUCAACAGUUUCUCAUCAUACUUUUCAAGUAAGGAGUGGAACAAGAUAAUUUAUGCUGGCACUUGUGAUGAUAUGCUGCAAGGGCUCUUUAGAUAUUGGAGUCUGAAGGAAGCAUUUAUGAAAGCAAUAGGGAGUGGAUUAAGGUACCAGUUGGAUUCCCUGGAGUUCAAUCACAUUAAUUGGACUAGAAUUUCUGUGAAAUUACACAGUGAAGAACUGAGGCACUGGAAAUUUUGGCAUUUUGAACUAAAGAAGAGGCAUUAUGUCUCAGUUGCUCGGGGCUCUCCACAUAUGGCAACUGAGAAUUUCAAGAGAACACUUAAACAGACUGAUUUCAAUGAGGAUGAAUAUGGUUCGGGGUUCAAUCUUCCGAAUGCAAGUUUUAUAUGGAGAACUGUAGAGCAACUCGUUCCCAAUUAAUUCUCAUCAAGGAUUCAGCAAUAACCCCGCUUUUUAAUGGUGCUAGGAGCAUGAGUAUAGAUUUACACCUCGACUAAGUUUAAAAUCUGAUUAAUCUGAGCUGAAGGGUGCAGGACAAAUAUAUUAAUUGCUAUGCAGUAAACCAGAUAGAUUAGGCCAUGGGAGUGAAAUCAAAGAUGAUAUCAAAGAUGACUGUAAUUUGAGUCAACAUUACCAUCUUGGAUAUAUAAAAAUUUAGGCAUUUUUCGAA